CCUCCGUUGAUGAUUAAUACCAGAGUUGACGUAAUAGUGGAACAUACAGUACAAAUACACACAUAGGAAGAGAACCGACCUAAUACAGAACUAUAUUUGUGUUAUUUUCUUGUUAGGCUGGUCAACAGCAACAGUUUGAUUUGUUAAGAUGUUGCCUAAAGUAGUCAGCCAAAUUUUGUUAAUUUUCACAACGUUGUGUAUUGUCAAAAUUCGAGCUGCAAGGCUGAAUCAGUUCAUCAACCAUUUUGAAACUUUGGAUUAUAGCAGAACAGAUCUGAGCAGAAAACAUGAGCGGGCGAGGAGGUCAGUCAACCAUCCAAACCUGUACUUGGAAUUCAGCGCACAUGAAAAACAUUUUAAGCUGCGAUUAAAGAGGGAGGCUCCCAUGUUUUCUAAAGAUCUAGUGGUGGAGAGUAGCCAAGGAACCAGGAGGUAUACUCCAGAUCAUAUAUAUACAGGAGUAUUAGAAGAUGAUCCUAGCAGUAUUUGCCAUGGAUCCAUAAUCAAUGAUACAUUCCGGGGUAGAAUUGUAACAGGUGAUGAUGAGUAUUUCAUAGAACCAGCUCAUCGGUAUUUCGAUGAAGAAACUGACUUUCAUUCUGUGAUAUAUAUGAGCAAACACAUUGAGCCCCCUCCAGAGCUGUACGGAUGUGCCGCCAAGGACCAAAUCCUUCAACGUAUGCAAGAAUAUGCACAAGAAAAUAAUGAUGAUGUUUCCAAUAAAAAUGCAGAAAGUCCUGCAGAAAUGUAUUCUGCCUCACAACGUCACAAACGAGCAGUAGUCAACCCUGACAAAAAAGGCUGCAAUUUAUACAUUCAAGCUGAUCAUACAUACACUGCCCUAUUUGGCAAUGAUGAGAACGAGGUCAUAGCCGAGCUGCAUGAUCAUGUCACAGCAGUAAACAUUAUUUAUGAGAAUACACGCUUUCAGUCUCCGUGGGGUGUCGGCAUCGGAUUUGAGGUAGAUAGGAUUCGCAUCAAUGGAACAAAAGAAGCUGCUGACACCUCAAACCCAUUUCGUAAGGAUAACAUUGGUGUUGAAAAGUUCCUUGAGCUAAACUCUUUACAGAACCACAACAGUUACUGCUUGGCUUAUGUAUUCGCAAAUCGUGAUUUCAACGAUGGUGUCCUUGGGCUCGCAUGGGUGGGCUCUUCUGGUGGAACGUCCGGUGGUAUAUGCGAAAAGUACAAAACAUUUACUGGUGGAUCACAGAGUCUCAACACGGGUAUCGUUACUGUGAAGAACUACGGAGCACGAGUUCCAUCAAAGGUCUCGCAUAUUACGUUUGCGCAUGAGCUCGGUCACAACUUUGGUUCCCCUCAUGACUAUCCAUCACGAUGUCGGCCUGGUGACAGCUCCAACUCCCAAACGCGUAAACAAGGAAACUUCAUUAUGUAUGCGAGUGCAACGUCUGGGGAUCGCGUGAACAACAAUUUGUUCUCCGAGUGCAGCAUCGGUAAUAUCUCGAGAGUUUUGGACGCCAAAGCCACAUGCUUUGUCGAAGUCACUGGAGACCGUGAAGUUUGUGGAAAUCGCAUUGUUGAAGGUAACGAACAGUGUGAUUGUGGUUACCAAGACCAGUGUGAGGAUAAAUGCUGCAAUGCCCGUAUGGAUGACCCUAGCCAAACGAACAUGUGUACGCUGAAGUCCUCUGCAAACUGUAGUCCCUCGCAAGGACAGUGUUGCAAUGAGACUACCUGUGAUUAUAUUGGUGCCGGUAUGAAAACGUGUCGUGCUGUGACGGAUUGCAGCGAUGAAGCAAAAUGCGAUGGUUCAAAUGCAACCUGUCCAGCCUCAACACAUAAGGACAACAAGACAUUCUGUAAUAACAACAAACAGAUAUGUUAUGAUGGGGAGUGCUCUGGGUCAGUUUGUGACAAAUUUGAGGGAUUAGAAGCCUGCUACUGUAGUCUACCAGCUGGAAGUCCAACUGAAGCAGACAACAAAAAACUCUGUCAUAUCUGUUGUCAAGAAAUGGGUAAGGAAGACACAUGUAAGAGUAGUACAGAAAUACCAGCAAUGGCACAAAUUAUCAGUGAUUACGGUGAAAAUUACCCUGAUGAAAGUAAUAAUGAUGAAAAAGUCCUGUUUCAACCUGCUGGAACGCCAUGCAAGAAUUUCAACGGUUAUUGUGAUGUGUUCUAUAAAUGUCGCGAUGUAGAUUCUAGUGGACCAUUGUCUCGCUUAACUACCGCCCUCUUUAAUCCCCAGCUUUACCAGGAUAUUGCAGAUUGGAUUAAGCAAAACUGGUGGGCAACGGCAUUGAUAGCUCUAGCUGUGGUACUUGUAAUGGGACUAUUCAUCGCAUGUUGCAGUGUUCACACUCCAAGUAGCAACCCCAACAUGAAGAAAGCACGAGAUCUUCCUGGUGCCCAGACUCUUCGACGUCGUCGCAAGCCGACCGGGCCCCAGCAAGGGCGCCCUCAGAGCAGACCACAAAGCAGACCACAAAGCCGUCCUCAGAGUCGACCACAGAGCAGUCCGCACAGUCGACCCCCACCAUAUAACUUGGGGGAUUACGAGAUGGCUUAAUUUUAAGCCAGUCAGGUAUGGAAGAAACAGGUUUAAGCUUAGUUUGAUUAUUAUUCAUCUAAAAAUAGAUCUAUUUUCAAAUAUAUUCCCUUUUUUAUGUUUAGAAUAUAAUCACAGACAAGAGUCCUGAGAAUGAUAGAACAAUGGCACAAGAAUUUAUAAAUUCUACUUACUAAAUUAAUAGGUAAAAUGCAAUUAUAUAGAAUAGAUAUUAAGGUUUAGUAUUUAGUAUCUGGGGGAAGAAAUUGUGUGUUACGUUAAGAGCACUGACAGUGACUUUUGCAGACAGAUUCAAUCGACAAUAUGUUUGUAGUGUUCUUUCCUAAUAAAUAAAUAAAUGAUUGAUUAAUUUUUUUCAAUUAGCCUUUAACCAACUAAUAAAUAAAAUUAGUUUCAAAAGCUUUAUAAAUAAAUGUAAAAAUUAAGUAAAAAUAUAAUUGUUUGCAGACUAAAAUGAUAUAAGAGUUUAGAUUCUAGGUUUGCAGACAACUGUUUUGUACAUGAUAUGAGCAUUACUGUUUAGCUCAAAUUGUAAUUAUGUGUGUAACAUUAACAAUGCUUGCAGUGGCUUUUUCAGGAUUAGCAACAGGGUUGUGCUACUGAUUAACAGUGGAUGAGAGACAAAGUUCUUAAAAAAUCCAGUUCCUUGAUUUCUUAAAAUAUUUAGUGAAAACUAUUGAUAACACUCCUGAGUCUGCCAUUGGAUCCUGCCUUUGUGGAUGAGAGGACAAGUAUUCGACAGAGUGAAACUUAAAUAAAUGUAUAUAAAGUCAAACACUCUCCAUCGUUAAUGGAAUACCAGUUGGAUAUAAAACUAAAGCAUAAUGCUAUUUGACAAAUAAUGUUAGGCCUAGCAGAAGGCAUUGCUAGCCUAAGCAGCGUGCCUCCUGCAAGGGGAGGAUGAAAGAGGUUUGGUCUGUUCUGUAAACUUAUUCAAAUUUAUAUCUAAUGAUGUGUAUAUUGGAAGUGAAUCAACUUCAUCCUCUGAUGGUGGAAAUAUCAACAUCAUCUAUAUUAUUUGUUAAAGUUUUCUAUGUUUUGUUGAUUUUUAUAGAAAGUGUAUCAUGUUUGUGCUAAUGUGUCUGUAAAAUUACUUUUCUAUUUUUUUUUAGAAAGAUGUAAAUGAUAAAAUUGGAUGCUUGUGAGAAAAAUAAACAUAAAUUCUUAGUAAACUUUUUAGAUAGAUUUUUUACACCUGUGAGUUUCAACUCAAAUGUUUAAAUAAUGUAAUGACAAGUUCUUAAAUAUUGUAUCAAAUAAUGAUUACUGAUAUCUUUCAUUUAUUUUAUCAUCUAAUUGUUGUUCUAUUUAUUUUCUCUCAUGUUCUAUAAUUCUCAUUUUUGAAAUCAAAUAUGCACUGCUGUGAACUCUUUACUCAGGAAUCUAUUAAGACUGUGAAUGGGUAAUUUUCAGUUUUUUUCAUGGUAAAAUACAGCACGCAAGCAACUAUGUUUUUCUACCCCCAGUUACUUUAUAAAAAAAAAUGUUUGUGCUGUGUGAUUUGGAGACAUUAGAUUUUUUAACGGGAAAAAUAGCCCCCUCAAUUACAAAAAAACAUCCAGCCUUAUUAAGGUACAAAAAUGAAUAUGACUAUGAUGUAGUUAUGAUAGAUCCUUUUAUGUUGUAACCUUGAUGACAUGCAAUUUAAGUGUUGGAAAAUACAGUGCAGAUAUUAAACUACAUUCCUGGAUAAGCUCUGCCAACCAUCAUGGUAGAGAAAUUAGGGACUUGUGCUUACUGUGGUAUACUUAACAAAUCGAAUGUAACAUCUCAGAGUAGGAGAGUGCUGUUUGUUUUCAAUUGAUGUUGGUGAUUCUAAACAUAUCAGUAUGAAUAGAGUGAUUUACUCUACUAUAUACUGGAAUAUCACAUGAUCUGUACAGAUUUAAUAUCCACUUAAUAGUCCUAUUGCGAUUUCAUCCAUACUGGGAUCUAUAUAGACAUCAUAAUGUGUUAGAGAUGCUAAAGGAUGUAUAUAUAUCAAAAAGAAAUUACAUUCAAACAGUAAGAUAUGAUAUUGAUAAUGUUGUUUUUAUAUUAGCACCUUGUAUGAAAAAGAUUUGAGGAGCUUAUAACAAUGAUAAUACACUAUAUGUGGACUUCUAUACUUAAAGAUGAAUACACACACAGAAAUCUAUCCAUACGGAAAGAUAUUAUCAUCCAGAAGUACAUUUAGUAAACAUCCACAGAAGUGUAUCAUAUAGAUAGAGACGUGUAUAACUCAGAUAAGUAGAUUCCAUCCAUGCUAUACAGACACUUAUAUUGUUAGAAAACCAACAUUGAGCCUUGCUUAGCAAUGGAAAUUUCAUUAAAGUUAUUUCUGUUAAUUAUUUAAUGAUAUUCUGAUAGUGCACUAUUGAAUAUUGAUGUAUAAUUUUUUUUAUAUACUGCAUAACCUGGCAAAUGAAUUAAUAUAUUGAUUUUUUUUUAUCUGGUGCAAAACUGGAUUUUUUUUUGGUGUUUUUAUUUUCUUUUUGUGUUGCAUUUAUGCACUUGUAGCACUUCAUUGAACUUUUAUUUCACUAUAUAUUUUUAGAAGUUUACUUUUGAUGUUGAAAAUAAUACUCAAAUAAAUUGGUAACAAAACAUA